AGAGUAAGCAGUUGUAUGUGACUGACAAUAUUUGACACAUAUAACUUUAGAGAGUAACAAUGGAGCUGCAAUCAUCUAAGGCGGACUUUAAGGGAAAUGGCGUACAUCCGCCAUUGCUGCUUCUUCUUCCACCAUACACAAACACAGGCUCAUCGAUGACCGUCAAGAGCACCGAAAGCACCCGGAUGGACUGUCAUGGCCGCCGUCGCUGUGGUUCCACAGUGAGGAGAAAAGGAAGGCAAAUGUUCCUGUUGAGUGUUUUUUCCGGCGCCACAUUCUCCUUAUAGUAUUCAGCGUCAACUGGACCAAGCCUGAACUUCCAUCAAGUUUCUAAUAUUCUGUCCUCAUCUUCAGAGAAACUCAAAGUGGUGUUCAUGUACCCCCCUGCUUAUGUCUGAAAUUGCUAAAUUCACGACAAUGGACGAAGACCGUAAAAUACCUCACAAUUCUGUCAAAAAUGACAGUAUGUCAGUUGUAGCGGAUGUCAGUGACUCAGUGAAUUUCAAGGAGGGAGCACUCCACAGCUCUCCAGAUGGAUCUUCUGUCAAGCGACAUGGCUCCACCACGAGAGCAAAUUGUAAAAUUCAGCAAGGGGCUGUUUUUUCAGGAAACAUUUUGAGCUUUGGCUGCUCUGUGUGUAAGGAUGAUUCUACAUACAGUCCGAACGAUCUUCUUAAACAUUUUCGAGCGGUCCACAAUGGAAUUUUGCCCACUUACCCUUGUGAUUUGUGUUGCUUUGUUACACAUGAAUUUGCUGCUCUUCAACGCCACCGCAUUGAGCACAAAAAUACUUUAGUCACAUGUGAGCUCUGCUGUGAUGGUGUUCAAUAUUCCCUGCUGUUGCUGACUAGACAUUACAUCAUGUGUCACAGUCUUAAUGGAAAGUUUUACUGUGACUGGUGUGAGUUUACAACUGUGGAUGCUGGGACAUUUGUCCAACACAUCCAUCAUCAUAAUGAGAGUCCCUGGAAAUGUUCCAAGUGUAGACAUGUUAGCUUGAAUGAAGUGGAUCACCAAAAGCAUCUAAAAGUUCACACAGUUUCAUUCCCCUUCAUAUGUCAAAUGUGUGGAUAUCAUGCAACAACCAUGAAGCAGCUUCAAAGACACACCGUCGCUUCUCACAAAAACGAGUCGGAGCGAACAAAUCAAAGGAAGACUUCACCAGAUGGAGCCGCUCCCCCAUAUUCCUCUCCAAGCAGCAAACCUAUGCUUAAAAAGAGUUGUGAAGUGCAGGAGGCACAAAUGAUAUCAAAAUUAUGUGGUCUAACGAGGAUCUUACCACACCACAAUGGUACAGUAAAACCAGAGACGUUUUUGCAGGCGUCUCACCGAAUUAUUGGUCGGACACCAGGGAGAAGUGAUGAGUGUAACAAAGGCUCUCUUACCGCAGAGAAACCCACACCUGUAAUGUUGCAACAAAAUGAGCGCUCUGCAAGUUCGGACUGUGCAUCUCCAACUAAUCCUAAUGCACUGACAGUUCUAAGGGUCAAGAAUAAAAUAUCUCUUCCCCCGAACUGUACAACCAAAGUAAUGGGAUUUAAGAUGGUUGAUGGGAAAAAACAUAUAGUUCUUAAAGUAAUACCAACCGCAAAGCAAAACACGUCCCCUCGAGAUAACGCAUCAGUUGAAAGUGUGGACUCUUCAACAACUAAUUCUGCAUCUGAUAAAAGUGAAGACUUUUUUGAGAAGGGACAUUCAUUGGCUGGUAAAAGCUCAGCAUCAUAUAGCCCUGCCUCUUCACCAAUAAGUGGAUCUUCCAUUCCAACAGAAGAUAUCAUGGCGGUUAAGGUUAAGGUUGAGGAUGAGGAAACAUCUGUUUGCACUGUGGAGCCUCCUCUGCUCACUGAAGAUUUGGUGGAACAAGGUAGUUCUUCUGCAAAUGGUUCUUCAACAUCAAACCAUGAAGCAUUACACCUAACGUCAAAUAAUGUUGAUCAUGUAAGCAGCCAAAAUUCCCAAAGCAAGAUAGCUUGCUCGGAAAUGCAUUUGUUGGAUAGUAAGUCAACCUCAUGCACCAUAUCUACAAGUGGAUCUAAAGGCUCUAAUACCUGUGCUGGCAAGUUCACAGAUGAUCCUUUGAAUGUUUCUCAGGAGUUAUUGAAUGGUAAACCAACCUGCAGUAAUAUUGAGAAUUGUGGGGCUGCACAUGAGAGAGUAAUUCCUCAGACAGGAAAAGGAAAGCUUGUUGACAAACACAAAAAUACCUCUUCUUUCAAUAUUACAGAACUUUCGGACCAAUCUACCCAAAGCACAGUUAGUACCAAGGCUACAUACCUAAGCUGUGAACAAAACUGUCAGAAAAAAUUGGCAAAUUUGGCUUCGCUGUCAGAGAUAGUCUCAUUCACUUCAUUUGAAGAAAGUGCCACCCUUGCACAAAGUUCUCUUAACCAGAAAGUAUUCGCUUUUCACAACUAUUCAAAAGAAGCCUUCAGUACUUCACUCAGCACAUGUCAAAAAGGGGGCAGCAUGUCUGAAGUUACAGCAGACAAAGACAGGUUUAGCUUGGCUGAGUCUUCGGAAACUUUUGGGGAUGGUGACUUUGGAGCUGAUGCAGAUGAUUCACCAUUUGAUGGUGAAAACUCAGAGUUGGUCCUAAAAGAUUUUAAUGUUAUUAAAAUUGAGGAGGAGAUCAUUCCCAUAUCUUCUCAGGCAAAAAGUACUUUGUCUGCUUUAGGUAGUUUUGUGAAACAACACUCAGAUGCAAUAAUUACACAACAACUCAAUAAGGAAAGAGUUGAAUCUUCAAGUGUAUGCAGUGAUUCCUCUAAAAAAACAAAAGAUACUCCACAAAUUGUUCAAAUGCAAGAGCUUAAGCAGCAAGUGCUCUUGAGCACCAAUGAUCAUUUUGCCAUGCCAGUGCAGCUCAAGACCAGUACAGGUUUUAAGUUAAUUACUAAUUGUAUAAAUCCUCAAAUCAAUGUAUCUUACAUGAAAUCUGGGUUUUCAAACUUGAGCAAUUCUACCGGUGAAAGUGUUCCUCCACAAAGACAAAUGAUAGGAACUUUGAAGGCAGGAGCUAAUGAAAAAGGGACAAGACUCAUUUCUGCAGUUCAAACUGGUGUUAGCGCCUCUCCAAAUCAUUACCUCAUCAAUAGCCCAAAUUCAAAAAGUCCUGUCCUCAGUGCAGCACAUCCUACAGACAGAUUGGCUCAGACUCAACCAACUUGUUACUUUGUUCCAAGGUCAGUUCCAUUUGUUCAGGCCACAAGAAGCUCUGGUCUCAAACUAGCAAAUGCUAAACUCCCGCAGAAUUCCAGAUCAGUUCUGGCCAUGCCCGUAAGCUCUGCUAAUAAACCUAGCAAUUUGCAUAAUGGGCACCAAGCAUUUUUGCUACGGUGCAUUUCUCAGUCAAAGUCGAGCGUACUUGUCAACCAAGAACAGACCCAGUCAUGCCAAACCAGUGAAAAGCGUGGAAACAAAAUUGUAUUUAAAAUUGUCAGCCCAACAACAAGCCUUCUUAAAAGUGGCACCCCCAGCUCAAGUUGUCAACCUUUUCUUUUGGCCACCACACCUCCAACUCCUUGUUUUCUUAUGUCUUCAAACAAAACAAACGCAAAUGCCUCAGACAGUCUAAAAAAGACCAUUACCAUGCAAAAUCCAACAGAAAACACUGUCAAGGACUUGCCCCCGCAGUUGAUGGUAGGGGGCAUCAAAUCAAGUGAAGCAGACAAGCCUAUACUAGCGCCAAGGCCAAUUCGACCUCCAAGUCAAAGGAAAAGGCGCAGAAAAACAUUAUUUGAUGAGCUUCCAGCAACAGCACAUAAAGCAAGAAGGCUCACAAACAAUGUACAAACUGAAAAGGAAGCAACUGUGUUGUGGAAUCCUAUAGCAAAAGCAGUUGAAAGAACCUUAAGACUUGCCCCAUUCAACUGUCGACAGGAAAUCAUAUGCCCUCGUCGAUAUCAACCUGUCGUGGUGCUAAAUCAUCCGGAUGCUGACAUUCCUGAAGUGACCAAUAUUAUGAAGGUCAUCAACAGACAUAGGGGUGCUGUUGCGAAGGUAUCCUUGUCACGGAAAACAAUGAAAGCACUCUCUGAACUUCAUGCUCAAGAGCAGAAUACCUUGAACAGUGAUGCAGUGAUGCAAAGCAAUCAUCCAAGACCAAUUCAGAGUCUAGUUCGAGAGCGUUUCCUUCUCAAACUGAAGCUAAAGAAAAAAAGCAAAAAGAAGUACGAAGUCGUGGAACCAUCAAGUUGUCGACAGAAACCUGCAGUGUUUGACUGUUGGUUCUGUGGUCGCCUGUUCAGCAGCCAAGAAGAUUGGAUUGGCCAUGGUCAGCGACAUCUCAUGGAGGCAACGAGAGAUUGGAAUAAACUUUUUUGAGAGUUUACUAUGACUUUAGGACAAGCGGCAUAGAAAAUGGAUGCUUUUAAUGGCCUAAACAAUUCUAUGCGGGAAAACCUAAUACUUAUAAAACUUGUACAUUUCAUGACCCUUUACUACGAUGUUUAAUUUUCUCUGUAAUUGUUUUGUUUUAUUUGAAAAUUAUUUAAUUGGUGCUUUUUGGAGAAAGUGAUGUUGUGCUAGCAUGAUUCCAUUCAUGCACAGGUCACUUAACUGUGAAUAUGGUACACUGUAAUUGAUGAAGUUUUGGUAAAAGCACUGGCUUAAAGAAAUUGUAGGGGGCAUUGUUGUCAUUUCUCAGGUCUGCCUUGUAGAUUUUGCUCAAAUUACUCAAGUGUAGUCCAGUGUUAUAAUCCUUUAUUACCACACAAUGUGUUUGUGUAUCUUAACUCAACUGGCCAUAUAAUAAGUAGUUUACAGUUUCCUUGUCAUGGUAUUGUUUUGCAAAUAGACCACUUUCAUAGCCUGCUUUGACACAAGCACAAAAAGUACAUUUUACAGGGAUGAUCACUCGUACUUGAAUACAAAACCCAUUGUACACUCUAUGCAGUUUCCACAAAGAUGAAAUACCAAACUUUGUUGUUAACCACUCAGGCUCUUGCGUUCGUUCUUGUUCUUAUGAACAGAAAAUGUUUGCUUGUACAAUCCAUCAAUGGUAUUCGUCCAUUUUGUUUAUCUGAUAUGCAAAAAUUACAAUGGGUGUGUGCCAAAAUGCAGUUUGUUUUUGGAAUGUUUUGGUUUUUCAAAUUCUAAAUGUGACAAAGACAGCAGGCAUCUGCUCAAGAUCAUACAUUUUAAGGGUUCGCACUCAUCCUUGAAAACCUAAAAAAUGACUGAAAUUUUCCACUCAUGGGAAACGCAGAAAAUCCUGGGAAAUUAUCAGUGACGUGCAGUCAGGGGAGGCAGGUGAGGUAGAGCCUCGCCUGUCAUGUUUUUUUGUUUUUUUAAAUGAUAUAACCUAAAAUCAAUUUUAAUAUUUGUCCAUUGAAUUCUAAAUGUAUUUUCCAUAGUACUCCAACCGUUUAUAACAUUUUUGAAAUAGAAAUUUCUGAAUUUGCACAUUUCCUGACCAAAUGCAAGUGAAGCUGCCAUCUUUGUCUCUACUCAGCUUCAUGUGCAAGUCCUGCCUACCAUCUGAGUACACACUUUAUCAAACUAUAAUGUUGCAGAAACGUUUAUUAUGCACUAUGAUUUUCUAUAGCCUGUGUAAUGUCUUUAAUGGAAGUGUGACAUCAUUAUUCUUGCUAAUCGGACAAUAAAAACUAGACUUAGAAAUGUCAUAUGAACUUGCAGUACCGCUUCAUCCUGAAGGGGUGGGGGUGUGCGUUAGCCUUACAACGCAAGCUAAUUUUCAGCUCUGCUGAAUUAAUGAAUGAAUUUGACUGCCAAAAUGGAGGAUUAUAUACAGGAGGUGAUCAUAUGUUUACAACAAAGUAUCAGAACUUUUCCUGGAGAAGAAUAGGGUGCAGAUACUUCAUAUUCAAGAUUCAAGAGUUUUGUUAUACGCCCAGUAAAACAGGUAGUUCUACUAUGAAAUGAAAUUCUUGUUCUGUUCAUUCUCCCAAAAAAGAAAGAAAACAAGAAAAUGAAUAAGAACAUAAGAAACAUGAAUACCAAUAUUGUAUUGUAUGUACUUUAUCCCACAGCGGGGAAAUUUACUUGUUACAGCAGCCAGACAAGUAAAGAGAACAGUGUAAAGAAAGCAUAGUGUCUACAACAUGGUUCAGGUGGUGCAGGUGUUGUAGAGCCUGACAGCGGUCAAUAAAUUAAGCAACAACAACAGAAGACAUAUACAGAUAAAAGAAACAUGUUUUUCUGUUACCAAAAAAAAAAAUCAAUGCUAUGUGAAGACAUGUUUAACCAAAGUGAAUUCUUGUCUUCUUUUUCUUGUCCUCUUAAUGAGUAACCUGUUUAACAUGAAAAAACUCCAACUCCAACUCCAGCAUGAACCUCACUGCACGUCACUGGAAGUUAUUUAUCCUCCCCUUACUUGCAAGCAUGUUAAAAGUGAUGUCCAUUUGUUGCCAACUUCGUGAUUUUGUCGUUAGAUCUGGCGACAUUCCAACCCCUCUUGGUGACAUUUUCUCAAAAGAGACUUUUUCUGGCGUCGGGGUGUUAGGCCGGCAAUAUACACCUUCCGAGCCGCGAUGCCUCGGGGGUGGCGCGCUCCCUGUUUUACAAGGCAAGAUCUAAAACGCAAAUGGUUCUUAAUCUUCAGUAAGCCUGGAUAGAAGAAGAGGGUGUGGUUAUAUAUUGUUAGCUUACAAUUCUUCGGGUAAAUGUAAUUGAUAAGCCUACUGUAUUGCUACAUUUAUUGUGAAGCUCAGUUGCUAUAUAUAUAUAUAUAUUAUACAUACAUAUAUUGUUACAUAUAUGUAACAAUAUAUAUUAACAUAUGUAAAUGUGAGCCAUAGAAUAAACAGCAUAGGAUGUUAUUCGCUGUUUAGUUGUGCUUAAAAAGUUUCUCACUUGCUCCUGUUCUCAAAGUGUGUGUGAGUGAGUGUGUUCUUUGAGAGGCACUGGCCGAGAUAAAAUAUUGACGGUAUUUUAUUCUGAUGAAAGUAUUGCACAACAAACCAAUAACCAAGUUGGUUUUAACAUGAAUUUUAAGAAAAGUACAAUGAAAAAAUAUGACUGAACAACCUGUUUUUUACAGCUUUCAGACAUGCAUUACAUGUGGCAUUACAGAGGUUGGGCUCACUCCCGCACGCCUGCUUGGUGGAUGCUUCACCUUUGUUGACGGCUCGUAUUUAAUUACCGUACUAAAUAAAUGCAUGAUGCAUUCUUUCCUUCCAAAAAGACACCCAGAAAGGGUCUCAAACGGAGUGGGAGCUAACAAUGCACGUAACGGGACACACCUAUUUUGACUUUAAAUAAACCCUUCCAAAAACUGCAACAUAACUGUUGUUAUAGUUUACAUAACUGACUAACCAAGCUACAGCGACAUACCAGCUAACAUAAGAACUAUUUUUCUGGCGUAGCGACGCCCCCAUAAACACACAAUCGUGGAACACACCCAUGGAACAAGGUCCGGCCAACGGUCAGGCGGACAGAGUUUUGACUGGUGGCACAACCGUCGGGCGGACGGGGACUUACUUGACCUCACAGGCUGGCAUCCGUUACACUCACCCUCUCAAACCUCACUCCCAUCCGGGUCACAGCACCAAUGUAACCCGCCCGGCUUCACACCGCCUGCACCUUGCCAU